AUGGCGAAGACUUUGGUUCUGCUGCCGGCCUGCGAGACAGAGCUGCAAGCGAAGGGCGCGCGCGUGGGCUGGGCCCAAGAUGGGCUGAGCGCCAAAGGCGUGGAGCAGGCACAGAAGGCCGGCAAGCUGCUGACCGACGCCGGCUUCAAGUUUGAUGCCCUUUUUACCUCGGUGCAGAAACAGGCGGUCUGCACGGCUUGGACUGCCUUGAUGGAAGGCAACGAGGUCGCCAUCCCGCAGUACCAAAGUUACCGCCUCAAUGAUCGUCACUGGGGCAGCCUACAGGGCUGCAGCGAGAAGGAUUUGGAGGCAAAGUACAGCAAGGAGGAGCUGGGAAACUGGCGCGUGGGUGCUCCGCCCUCGGUGGCCACGUCAGACGCACAGCACCCUUGCAGAGAUCCUAAGUACAGGGCAAUCCCGGCGAGCCUCUUGCCUGGCUCGGAGUCCAUGGCGACAGUCGUGCAGCGCGUCCAGCCACUCUGGGACGAUGCCAUCACGCCUUUCCUUCUCAGUAGCAAGACCCCCCUGGUGGUUGCGCACGAGGCAUCCAUCCGUGCUUUGUGCCAGCUGCUGGAGGAGGACACGGACCAGGAGGCGCUCGAGUACAACAUCCUCCCCGGCGUGCCCGUGAUUGUGGAGCUGGACGAGGACCUGGACUUCCGGAAGAAGACUCCGCUUGGUUUGAAGGCGAAGGCGAAGGCCAAGCCUAGCGCCCGCGCGGCACACGACCUGAAGCCGGGGCCGAAGCCCAAGCCGCAGCCCAAGGCCAUGGCGCUGGGCCUGGGCUUGGCGCCGCAGCAUUUUGAGAGCUUCACGGACCGCAGCUUCUGGGUGGCCCGGGUGAUCGGGUACCCCCCGCUGCCUAGGGCAGCCGACGUGGGCCUCUCUUGUGGUGAGCACUCCGACUAUGGCUGCUGGACCAUUCUGUCACAGGAUGAGACGCGCGACGCCUUGGAGGUCCGUUUCCCGGACGGGUCCUGGCAGAAGGUCCAGCCGAGGGAGGAUGCCUUCGUGAUCAACUUGGGGGACAUGCUCAGCGUUUGGACGCAGGGCCGCUAUGUUGCGACCCGGCACCGCGUGCGGCAAACUGCUGGGCAGUUCCGGACCUCUGUGGCUUUCUUCUAUGAGCCUAACCUUGAUGCCGUCAUCCGGCCGCUGGAUCUGGGCCUCGCGAGCCCUCAAAGCGGAAGGAGUUUCAAGCCCGCAGCCAGCACUGGGCCGCUGGCACGGGGCCUGGCUGGCGGGCCGGUGGUGUACGGGGAGCACCUCUAUGCGAAAGUCUCUUCCAACUUCAACCUCCAGGCCUAGGCUCAGUG